AAGUCGCAAGCGAUCAUGUUUGGUCCUGUCCAGAGGGAGUCUUAUGUUGGCAAAGAAGCCCAAGCCAAGAGAGGUAUCUUGGCUUUUAAAUACCCUGUGGAACAUGGAAUAGUAACAUCCUGGGAUGACAUGGAGAAGAUCUGGAGGUACAUCUACAGACGUGGGCUCAGAAUAAGAGCCCAUGAGAGACCCGUGCUGGUGACAGAGGCCCCCCUGAACCCAGUGCCAAACAGAGAAAAAAUGACAGAGAUCAUGUUUGAGAACUUCCAUGUACCUGCCAUGUUUGUGGGCCUGCAAGCUUUAAUGGCCCUCUAUGCCUCCGCUCGCACAACAGGAUUAGUCUUAGAUAGUGGAGAUGGCGUCACUCUGACUGUCCCCGUCUACAAAGGCCAUUGUCUGCUUCAUGCCAUUUCCAGGAUGAAUUUUGCCGGCCGGGAUAUCACCAGGUACCUGACGACGCUUCUCUUAGAGAGUGGCCACAGCUUCUUGAGCUCUGCCGAGAAGGAGAUAGUGAAGGACAUCAAGGAGAACCUAUGCUACGUAGCUUUAGAUCCUGACUAUCAAAAGGGCAAAACCUUGGUUCAUAAAUAUAUCCUCCCGGAUGGAAACCCUGUCCAGAUUGGAGACCAGCUCUUCAGAGCCCCAGAGUCCCUCUUUAAGCCAGCAGAUGCAGGACUUUCAGCACCAGGAAUUCACCAGAUGAUCUUGGACAGCAUUUCCAACUGCGACGGGAGCAUCCACCAGAGCAUCUGGAGGAACGUGAUCAUGGCGGGUGGGUCCACACUCUUCUCUGGCCUAAGGGAACGGCUUCUGAAGGAGCUUCGAGCACUCGCGCCCAAAGGUAUGCCGGCAAAGGUGGAAGCACCCGCAGAUAGGAUGCACUCUGUUUGGAUUGGAGCGUCAGUGCUUACCAGCUUGGCUUCGUUUAGAGACAUGUGGGUGACCCAGCAGGAGUACAAGGAGGUUGGCCCAACUGUAUUGCAGAAGAAAUGCUUCUGA